AUGACGACAAGGUCCACACCGGCCACUACGCCACCGGAAAUUACGAUUACGGUAACGGCCACUACAAGCAGCCCGAACACAAGCCCCUACCACCAGGUACAAUACCCCAGCAAACCCGUGUAUCGUCCCACUCCCGUUUACCACCACGAGCAGCCCGAAUACCAGCAACCCGAAUACCAGCAACCCGAAUACCAGCAACCCGAAUACCAUCAACCCGAAUACCAUCAACCCGAAUACCAGCAACCCGAAUACCAGCAACCCGAAUACCAGCAACCCGAAUACCACCAACCAGAAAACCAGAAACCCGAAUACCAGAAACCAGAAUACCACCAACCGGAAUACCAACAUUACGGUAGCAGCGAGAAAUACUACAAAGGCGAGGCCAAGGCUGAGCAAGACCGUUAUUACUACUACAACUCUGGCGAGAAGGUGCAAUACAGGCCCUACAACAACUUCGACAACCAGAAGCGUUAUGAAGAACCCGUCCAUGGAGUCCAGGUGACAACAGUCUACAAGCCCGUCUACAAGCCCGUCUACAAGCCCGUCUACCGCCCCGCCAACAGCUACUACCAGUACCUCAAACCCUCCCAUGUGCCAAACACAGAGGAAACCAAAGUCGAAUCAAACCAAAGAUGGGGGCACUAA